CUCCCUCUAUAAUUUCUUUCUUUUCUGUUCACCGGGAGAACGGAGGAGCCGCAGCACCGGGAACCAUGAGCGGACGCGGGGACGAGCCAGGGGAGAGCUCUGGCUCUCAGGAGCCCACGGGGCCCGCGGAGCCCCAAAAGAGGAGGCCGGGGAGACCGAGGAAACCACAAAAAGAGCCCAGUGGAGAGCCUGUCCCCAAGCGACCGAGGGGCCGCCCCAAAGGAAGUAAGAACAAGGGCCCCUCCAAGGCAGCGCAGAAGAAAGCUGAGGAAACCGGGGAGAAAAGACCCAGGGGGCGACCCAGGAAAUGGGAUCUUCAGCAAACAAGCCAAGCCAUCAGUCACCUCUUCCGAGUAUCUUGGGGCUCCAGCCCCAGCCCCAGCCCCAGCUCCAGCCCCAGCUCCAGCCCCAGCCCCAGCUCCAGCUCCAGCUCCAGCCCCAGGCCCAGCCCCAACCCCAGCUCCAGCCCCAGCCCCAGCCCCAGCUCCAGCUCCAGGCCCAGCCCCAGCCCCAGCUCCAGCUCCAGCCCCAGCUCCAGCCCCAGCCCCAGCUCCAGCCCCAGCUCCAGCCCCAGCUCCAGCCCCAGGCCCAGCCCCAGCCCCAACCCCAGCUCCAGCCCCAGGCCCAGGCCCAGGCCCAGGCCCAGCCCCAGCCCCAGCUCCAGCUCCAGCCCCAGGCCCAGCCCCAGCCCCAGCUCCAGCUCCAGCCCCAGGCCCAGCCCCAGCCCCAGCUCCAGCCCUAGCUCCAGCUCCAGCCCCAGGCCCAGCUCCAGCUCCAGCUCCAGCUCCAGCUCCAGCCCCAGCCCUGUCUAG